CUGAUCCCAGGCGUCCAUCCCUUCCAACCAUUCUAUAUCCUCCUCCAUCUCCAAGGAGUACCGGUUUGUCGUCGCCUUCCUCUCAAACUACGUCGUUAGUCGACGUCUCCUCGUCGCACUGCAAUGAAGAUAUUUAUUCAGGAUUAUCGACAUUCACCUUUGGCGCAGCUCGACCACCGCCUCCUUCACAUCCCGCAGAUACAUCUGACAUGAUCAGUCCACUCACCCGCGUUCCUAGUAGUGCAGAUCGGACACCUCGGCCGUCCAUUUCCAGUACUUCCUCCGGGAGGCAUAGAUCUCGCGCACCCAAAGUUGCUGACCCGGAUGAAGGGGACGAUGAAUAUGAAGACGAGGACGAUGCUGCGAGGGGUAAAACUAGGUCUAAGAUGCGCGCUAUCGACGACGGUUCAAGACGACCGUCGCUGCCAACCAACACAUACAUUCCUUAUGUCUCCACCGACAGUUCGAACGCCGUGGCUUCUUCCCCGCGCACACCGCUUGAGCUCUCUCCUGGUGGGAGCUCGGCCUCAGAAAGCGCUUAUGACGAUUCUGAGGUUGACCAGGAUGAGACAGAGCUCGCAGAGUUUGAUACAGACGUUGAACUGGACCUUCCGCACGGACCCGGAACCACCGCUAUUCAUGACCCUCCCGUUUCGGACACAGCGUCCCAGCAUACUUUCGGCGGCGGCAGCUUUAAUCACUACAGUUCUGGUUUUAUGCACGCAAGCUCCAUCCCCAGCGUCUUGGAUGACGACGAUGAUAUGGAUUCCACAUCGCCCGUCAGCUUCGCACCAGAUCCGGAAGACGAACAGUUCGACGAUGGUGACCGUCCGCUUCCAUCUUUACCUGCCCAAAGGAAGGCGAGUUUACCCUGGGAGAUACCUUCUGCCCCGCUCCGCGACAGUGCUUCCGGCGUUACUCGAGGCAGAGAGGACAGCGCUGCUACAGUGACUGCUAGGAGGGCGAGCCGCAGUGUCGACGAUGACCUCACUGCGAGUACCAUGUACCCGGACGUUCAGGUGGCUACAGCCGUUAGCUUGAGGAGUGCGGAGUUCGAUGAUCAAGCUCUUUCCCAACCGACGCCCUCGGAGGAACAGGAAUAUCAGUAUGGAGAGUACAAUCUCGACUAUAUCCUCGGCGGCGGUAGGGAGAACUGGAGCCGAAAAUCCUGGUCUUCUGGUGCUCCGUCCUACAUUCAGGCGCGUCGUUCCGAUGAAGCUGGCGACCCCGGUGGCCUCGGUGCCGCGUGGGAUGCUGCCUUCCAUCGACGACCGAGCACAGCUACGGUCAACAGCGGUGAAGACGCGUUCACUCGUCAUGUUCGCGACUGGGAUUCCCUAUAUAAUACCAGAAGGAUCGAGUGGAGCUUUAGGCCAGAGUCCACUGAUGGCCGUGGACCGCAUCGCAUGCCGCUUACGCCUACUACGUCGGAGAACAGACAUCAAAAUAUGCAACCCGGCGCACAAGAACUCUGGCGGCAGGCGUACGUCGGUCGUUUCAAGGUGGACAGAGUCAAAAUGAAUCCUGAUCAUCCGCCGAAAGCGCCUCAGCAACGAUUGAAUGUGCGCCAUGUCACAGAUCCCUUCUCAAAAGGCAACAAGCUCGGCGGACCAGGCUCUGUCAUUCACAAGCAUUCUCGUGCUAUUGCCUUCUCCAUCUUCCGCAACCAUAGCCUGUUCAGCCGUUCGCAUCGUCAACACAAGCAGCCCAUGCACACCAGCAUCAGUAUUUUGCUUGCCAACAAGAAAGUUCAAGAGCAAUAUACGAGUACCAGGACAACGAGUAGGUUGAACUCGCAUGGAUUGCUGGAAGACGUUGGCACGAUUGAGACUUCGACGUCAUUCUCCCAGACUAGGACGAUGGUUUCCAGCGCGAUAUCUGCUCGUAGCAGACCCGGCACACCCCAUGCUCCUGCUGACGGAUCGCAAAGCGAGGGCUAUGUCAGUGACCAGCGCGGCCAAUGUUCGACCACCAGGGGUGGGUCGGCGCCAGCAGAGUCUUCAUCCUCCCGAUCCCCUACGUUACCGCCGUCAGUUCCUCCGCCGACCCAGAGCAACAUGAGUAGCCAUAGUUCCGCCUUGUCCUCAUCGAGCAUCGACGCCUCGGAGAUGAUACGCGUCUCAGGUGACAGCUUCUCGCAGGGUGAAGCAAGUACGAUGGCGGACCGCAACUCCACGCUUGUAGGCCAGUCCGUGACCACAAUUACGUCUCGGAGCAGGCGGAAUUCACUGGACGUGGACGACGAAGAUUCACCCCCGCGAACUUCACACGCGGAAGCCUUCGCAACUGUUGACUCGUCGUAUUUUGAGCGCACACGCACCGACCGUCGCAUGGAAGAGCCGUCUUCGCACGGUCUGGUCCAAUCACUUCGUCGCAAGCUUCUAGGGUCUUCGAAAGGCAGCUCGAAAUCCCCACAGUCGACCAUGCCCCCAGCCCUCCCGCGUGAAGGCAACUAUACACCGCCGUGGCUAACGAUGGCUCCGCGGUCGAAGCAGGAGGAACGCGAGCGCGUUAUCCAGAAUCUCAACGAGUCCUUCAAGGAUGUCGGUCUCCUGCCCACUGCCCGCAUCAGCAACAAGGCGAGCUCUAGCAAGGGCAAGCGCUCGAGGCAUCCCAACGUGACCACCAUCUUCGAGAAUGUGCCCGCAGACUCUCUGUACAUGCUCUUGCCACUCUGGCCUGGUGACACCGAUCCAGCGAGCGAAAAUGGCGAGGACCCUGCGUCGUCCUUUGUUCCGGUCGAGGAGCGCCAGUAUCUCCUCGUGUAUUAUGUGCCGUUCGAGGAAAAGAUUGAGGAGAAGAAGUCGGACCAGAAGAAGCGUGCUCGGGCGGACACCCGCUCGAUUGCGACUGCUUCCUCCAUGACCCUCAACGACCGCGACCGCAUCAUCUCAUUGCGCUGCUUUAAGGCAGUCGCGCGCCUCGUAUCGUAUAUCGACUUGCGCGAAACUGGCGUCCGCGUGCCUUCGUUCGGGCUUUCGGUAACGGGCUCCCUCAAAGAAGCGACACGCUACCUGCCGCCGCCGUCGAUUCGCGAGGAGAAGCUGGACGACAUCGCUAUUGGGUCAUGCAUGGGUCGGGAGCGCGGCGUGGAGUUCUACCCUGAGGGUUUACAGAAGCUUGGGCUGUGCAUGCCCACGCUGAACCCGCCACGGCAGCCGACGAGCGAGACCGAUGUGGUUGAAGAGGAGGAAGUCUUACUCACGCCCAUCGGACGCGCGGCGGUCGAGAUGGCUUGGCUCGGCUGCAUGGCGGUGACAAGCUUUACGUCGACGUGACGCUCUUGCGCUAGCCCCAGUCUACUAAAUGUAAAAACCACACCCUAGUUGUGACAAUCGUCUGUUCUCUCUUCGCAAAGAUUCGUUCAAGGUUGAUACCCCCCAUGUUUUUUUGUAUACAUCUGACCGCGGCGCCCUCAUCUGUUGGUAUCUCACGUCUUGUAGCUAGCUCUCGUGGCAGGAGUAGACCUUGCCUGUAUUUUUGGAACUCUCCUCCUCUUCACC